UGAAGGAUCAUGAGAAUGCUUCCUCGCCGCGUUUCCAUUUGGUGGUUUGUGUCCUAGCUACCUCCAUCUCCAGUGUUUUUUUUCAGGAUCGGGAUUAAAGGCCGGCGCUGAACGGGUUAAGGAGUGGGGGUUUAGAUUCCUCCUCUCCUGCUAGCCAUGAUGAACAAAUGAACUCUCGGGGAAUGAAAUUUAAAUUUCACAAAGGAGAAAAAGUUCUCUGUUUUGAACCAGAUCCUACAAAGGCUAAAGUGCUCUAUGAUGCAAAGGUUGUUGAUGUUGUAGUUGGAAAAGAUGAGCGGGGUAGGAAUGUCCCACAGUACUUGAUCCACUUCAAUGGUUGGAACCGAAGCUGGGAUCGCUGGGCUGCCGAGGACCAUGUUCUCCGCGAUACGGACGGAAAUCGCCGAUUACAGCGUAGACUGGCACGCAAAGCAGUGGCUCGCAUGAGGAGAAAGGGAUGGAAGAAGCGACGCUGUCGUCUGCCAGGUGUUGACUCAGUGUUAAAAACCUUACCUGAAGAGAAGGGGGACAGUGAUGCGUCCUCUUUAAUAUCGUCUACGGACGAGAGUGACGAAGAGGACUCUGAAGUUGAGUCAUUAAAGAGUGCAGCAAGCGACUCAUCAGAGGAAAUGAGGGCAGAACAGGAAGGUCACAGCAAAAGGGAGAAUGAGGAUAAAGCCAUCAACAUUGAGAUCCCAGAGAUCCUGAAGAAGAAGCUGGAGGAUGACUGUUACUAUAUCAACAAGAGGAAGAAGCUGGUGAAACUGCCCUGCCAGAUGAACAUUGUGAAUAUCCUGGAGUCCUACGUCAAACACUUUGCCAUCAAUGCUGCCUUUUCAGCCAAUGAGCGGUACCGACACCAGCAGAGCAACACGCACCCCAGCCACAAUCCCAACUAUGUCCCUCCGGAGAAGAAUGAGGACCUCUGUAAGGAGAUGGUAGAUGGUCUGCGGAUCACCUUUGAUUUCACCCUGCCUAUGAUUCUCCUUUACCCCUAUGAGCACGCUCAAUUCAAGAAGGUCAGCUCCUCCAAACUCUUCUUGCCCAUCAGUGACUCAGCUGCAGGUUCCUACUGGUCACAGGGAGAGCGCUCCCCUAGCCCCCCAGGACUCAACCCCCCAACGCCACAGUCCUCUGAUAGCCAGCCUGCCCUCAGUGAGCCAUCCACACCCAAACGGCGCCGCGCUGAUGCCGAUGCCCCGCAGUCCCUGCGGCGCUCCACACGCAACACCUCUGGCAGCGAGAGGCUGUCUGAGAGUGGCGCCUCACCUCAGCCCAAACGGCGUCACACCGACACCCCUGCCCCUCUGCCCAAGUUUUUCCUCAGCCUGGACAAGAAAAACUCUGCUGACAGUGGCUCUUCCUCUCCCCUGCCUCUGACCCCCAGCAAAGAAGGCAGCUGUGUCUUCGCUGGCCUGGAAAGCAGGAGAAACAAUGAGCUCAAUGAGGUCCUGAGCUGGAAGCUGACACCUGAUAACUACCCCCAGAGUGACCAGCCCCUGCCUCCAUCCUACAUGUAUGGCUCCCAGCACCUCCUACGUCUUUUUGUGAAGCUACCGGAGAUCUUGGGAAAGAUGCACAUUCCUGACAGGAACCUGAAGGCCCUGGUCAAACACUUGGAGCUGUUCCUGAGGUUCUUGGCGGAGUACCAUGAGGAUUUCUUCCCAGAGUCUGCAUAUGUUUCAGCAUCUGAAGCUCAUUACUCCAUGAAACAACCGCGGCCUGUAUAUUGAGGCGUGGCCAGAGAGAGGGGCAUGCUCAGUGGCCACACUGUGGCUGUCUGUACCCCAGUACUGUCUCUGAAGGCAGUGACUGAUCUCAAUAGAGCCAGAGAGAAACUGAGCUGUUUCUCCAGACAUACACAUGGACCGCAUUGUCUGAGAAUAGAUAUCCACUCACUUCCUGUUUAUGCUUAUUAGACAGGAAAGCCUCUAGAUUUCCAGUUUGCUUGCAAAACUUUUGACACACACUGACUUCAGUCCUACCUUGCAACGCCCUGCCUGUGUCACUUCCUUUCCACUCUGCUUUGUCACAUGAAAAAAGGGGGAGGGUUAAUAAAGCUGAACAUUGUGUAAAUAUCACUCAUCCCUCUAUUGGGGUUUCCUACCGCCCCUGAUGACUUUCACUCCUGUUUCUGCAAGCAAGACUUUAGACUGUGUGCUUGACUGUGGAUGGAUUCCUUCCAGUUUGUAAAGUACAUGUUUUAGAAAUGGCCUCUCAGCAGGUUGUUGGCAGGCUGUUGCUUUGUUUGUUGCAGCUUUCUUUAGUUGUAAUUUUUGUGUUGCUAAGCGUAAAAUAUAUCGACAACGUUCACGCUGAAUCAAA